GGGGUCAAUUUUUUGUUCACACGAUGCAAGAUGUUGAAGGUUUAGGCUGUCUAAAGUCUACAAAAUCAUCUAUUGAGCUUUUUCCUAAAGAUUGUGCUGGAAAUUCAGGUGCCUGGCAGUGUUCGUCCAGGUGCUAAUGUUGGUAAAAGAAAGUAUGGCACUUUGACAGCAAAAACUAUUCUUGUAAAUUGCAGUCUUUUAUGUCCGCCUCAACAUGGCGGACGAGCCCAUUCUCGGACUCUUUGAUUCAGACUCCAAUUUUCUGGAUGAGCUGACAGGCGGGGGGUCGGACUUGGGAGGAGUCAUGUCCUCUGAUGGGGACAGCAUGCUAGGCCAAGCCAUGCACAUGCCUCCUGGUCCACCAAAUGCCAUGAUGAUGGGGCAGCCGCCACAUCAGGGACCUGCUCAGGGGUACUCACAGUGUCAUCCUGCAGGCCAGGACAGCUACACUGGAAUGACCUCAAAUGGUGGCGGCAUGGCUACCCCCAUGGGAGGACCAGGCCCACAACAGCCAGUGAUGAACCACCAGUAUAGCAGCGGAGAUGGUAGGUACUCCCAGUACAGCUCCAUGGCAAAACUACAUCACCCUGGCGAUGGCAUGAUGGGCAUGGGCGUGCAGCAUCAGGUUAUGCAGCAGCAGCAGGGACCACCACCUCAGCAGCAGCAGUAUGGAAGUCCUCCGGCUGGCAGUGCAAUGGUACAGCAGCAUGGCAGUUACCAAGGUUAUGGCAUUGGUGGAGGUCACAUGGGGCAGCAACAACAGUCGAUGGGGAUGAUGGGACAACAGGGAGGAGGAUGGAACCAAACUCAGACGAGUCCGACUCACCCACAGUACCUGGCACAGCAACAGCCGCAGUGCAUGCAACAGCCCAUGCAACAGGGCUACAUGGGUCACACCGAGUAUGGGAUGCAGCAGAACUCUCACCAGCAGCACUUGGGUCACUAUGGCGAUGGAGCCAGCCAGCCUGCCUACAUGCAGACAAUGGGUUCGCCUGGUGCAGGCAUGCAGCAAGCCUCACCCAUGAGCAGUCCAGGAGGUAUGAGCAUGCUGGGAGGUCCCAUGCAACAUGCUUCUCAGUCCCAACAGCCCUUCCCCUCACAGCCUCAUCCUCACAACCCAGCCAGCAUGAGCCCUUACAGCAUGCACUCGCACCAGCAGCAGCAGCAGCCUCAAAGAUAUCCAGGCGAUUAUCCAGGUCAGCGGCCGCAGUUGAGUGGGCCUGGCUCCAGUCAAGCUAAGCUUCAGCAUUUCCAAUACUCUCAGCAGCAUCAGGCACCAGCCCCAGGAUCUCAGGGACUGAGUGGUGACACUUCGGGACCCGUGCCCAUGGGACAUUACUCAAACCACAGUCCUAAUUCUUACAUGCCACCAUAUCCAGGAGCUUCCCAUGUAGCAUCUGCCCCAUCUUCAUGCCCAUCCUCAUCACAGCCCAUGCCACCCAGUCAUCCACCACCUAUGUCACAGGGAGCAUAUGGGCAAUCUAGUCUACAGGAGCUGGAGCAGCUGGUGUCUCCUGCCAUGUCCUCAGCUGGGAUGCCUAGCACCAACCCGUACCAACAGAUCAUGCAGAGCUCGGCAUCCAGCACUUCUAGCAUGCACCCCCAAAGCCCCAGCUACAGCUCAGCCAGCUUUCAGACAACAACUGAUCUCUCAACAGCAAGCAUUUCCACCUCUGCUCAAAUACAAUAUAGCAGUCCUCUGAGCCCUAACCCAAAUAUGGCACAAACCAUGGGACCUCAAUCAGGGAUUUCUAUGGAGAUUCAGAGGCUGGAGAAGCAGAUUCAGCACUUGUUCAGCAUGCCCCAGACACAGCAGAUCUCCCAGCAGAUGCUGGAUCUGCAAGAACGUUUGCGGAUUUUGAAGGCCCAGCAGCAGCAGCAAAUAAUGCAAAUGCAGCGACAGCAACAACAACAGAUGCAGAUGGCCAGCCCCACACGAAUGCCGCAGAAACCAGGAUUUGGGCCUCAGAGUCUGAUGGGUCAGAAGCGAGGAAUGGGACCGGGACAGAUGAAUGGACCACCUCCAUCUCAGAUGCCAGUAAUGGCUCCGAUGGGCAUGGGCAACCAGCAUAUGGGCCAGGGGGGAGCACUGAUGGGUGGUCAGACUCAGUUGCAGAUGGGCCCUCAACACAUGAGCCAACAGAUCUCUCCUCAAAGGCCACCUUCACAGUCAACACCCAUGUCAUCUCCACAACGCAUACAGCCUUUUCAGAGUCCUACAUCAAGCACACCUGGUGAUGGUAUGUCUUCCCAGGUAGCUUCGACUACACAGCCUCACAUUGUGCAACAGGCAGCAGACUCCAUGACAACAGAUAUGCCACCACCCAUGAUAGACAGCAUGCAGCUGACCCCUCCUACUGUCCAUUCUUUGCUGGAGGGGAUGCCAGAUGGAGAGAGUCAGAUAACGCUACAUGGUGUGAUGUCGAGCAGCUCUCACCUCAGGGUCCUGACCCCUGACCCUUUGCCAGCAACUGUCACAGAAAUAGCUGAAGCCCAGGAGGGUCAGGGAGAAAAGCCUAAGCGAAAACGUGAACGCAAACCUAAAGCUGAGAAAGUGGACAAACCCCCCAAAACUCCUAGAACCCCAAAAGCUCCAAAAACCCCCAAGGAACCUAAAGCCCCCAAACCACCUAAGGAACCUAAAGCCCCUAAGAGUCCCAGGACAAAAUCUCCUAAGGCACCCAAAGAACCAAAGACACCUCGUAUAAGAAAAUCUAAAAAGGCCAAGAUUGAGGGUGAAAGCUCACUUGAUAUCUCAGAUACCACCAUUAUUAGCAUGGAAUCUGAUGCUAAACUUGAAGGAGAGACAAUGAUUCCAACAGUUGUGGAAAUUGAAAUUGUAGAUGAAAAAUUAGAGGACAGUCCAAAAAAGAGGAUGCUCAAGGAAAAAAAGCCCAAAACACCAAAAACCAUUGUGAAAGCACUCAAAAAGCCAUCUGCAAAAAAGCGAAAGCCUCCAGCCUCACUGUUUCUGAAAGGCAAGAAACGAAAGCGUACUGGGUCUGACGGCUCUGAUGUUGAGAUGGCUACAACUCCUCCAGAAUCCCCUAUCAAUGAGGAUUCAAAUAAGCGGCGCUCAGCACGGAACACCAAGCGUAAAAAGUACCUUGAUGAUCUUGACCUUAAUUUGUCAGAUGAUGACAAUCAGCCUCUGGAGGCAGUGGAAACUACAGAAGGUCCUGUUGCAAUGAAAACGGAGACAGAAGAAGAUGCAAUGAUUGUUGAAAGGAUUUUAGGAAGCCGCAUGAGAAAGAGAGACAUUGAGGAUGCAGAAGAGAACCCUAGUAUAGAAGACGAGGAGGAGUUUUUGGUGAAAUAUAAAAAUUAUUCCUUCCUACAUUGUGAGUGGCGGACAUUGCCAGAAUUGGAACGGGAUAAACGAAUACAUUCCAAAGUGAAACGCUACAAGCUAAAAAAACAACAGCUUAACAAUUACUUUGAAGAGCCUGAAGACGAAGAGUAUUUCAACCCAGACUAUGUGGAAGUGGAUCGUGUGUUAGACAUGGUCACCACAACCGAUCCUGUCACAAAGGAAGAAGUCACACAUUACUUAGUCAAGUGGCGCUCUUUGUCUUAUGAAGAAAGUACCUGGGAACUUGAACAAGAUGUUGAUCCCAGAAAGGUUCAGAUUUUUAAAGAGCUGCGUACACCACCUUUAGAAGACCAACGUCAGGUUUUGGCACGACCUAAACCAAGUCAGUGGCAAAAACUAGAGAAGUCCCAAGCAUACAAAGGGAACAAUGUGCUACGAGAUUACCAGUUGGAAGGCCUCAACUGGCUGACUUUCUGCUGGUAUAAUAGUCAGAACUGCAUUUUGGCAGAUGAGAUGGGUUUGGGAAAAACAAUACAGAGUAUAACCUUCCUAAACGAGGUUUACCAAUAUGGCAUCAGAGGUCCAUUCCUGGUUAUUGUUCCCCUGUCCACCGUGGGCAACUGGCAAAGAGAGUUUGAGACCUGGACAGACAUGAAUGCUGUUGUUUACCAUGGAACGUCACACAGUCGAAACAUGAUCCAGGAAUAUGAGCUGUUUUAUAAGGAUGAAAAUGGUCAGCGGAUUCCAGACCUGUUCAGGUUUCAAGCUCUUAUCACAACCUAUGAGAUCAUUAUUGCUGAUGUUGAAUUACUUAGUUCAAUAGAGUGGAGAUGUGCAAUCAUUGACGAGGCUCACAGACUGAAGAAUAAGAACUGCAGACUACUGGAGGGUCUUCGCCUUUUUGAUUUGGAGCACCGAGUGCUGCUGACUGGGACCCCACUGCAAAACAACACUGAGGAGCUCUUUAGUCUCCUCAACUUCCUCAAUCCUGGCAAGUUCUCUUCGUCCCAGGCUUUUGCCAAGGAUUUUGGGGAGCUGAAGACAGAAAAUCAAGUGGAUGAACUUAAAGAGAUUCUCAAGCCAAUGAUGUUAAGACGAUUAAAAGAAGAUGUGGAGAAAAAUUUGGCACCAAAGGAAGAGACAAUCAUUGAGGUGGAGCUGACAAACAUCCAGAAAAAGUACUAUCGCGCUAUCCUUGAGCGCAAUUUCCAGUUCCUGUCCAAGGGUGGUACCAGUAGUGUCCCCAGCCUUAUGAACACAAUGAUGGAGCUCCGCAAGUGCUGCAACCAUCCGUAUCUUAUAAAUGGUGCGGAGGAGCAGAUUGUGCUGGAGACUGGUGCUCGUGGGGACCUGGAGCAUCUGCUUGCAGCCAUGAUAAACUCUUCAGGCAAGAUGGUUCUGCUCGACAAGCUUCUUCCACGCCUGAAACAAAAUGGCCACAAGGUCCUGAUCUUCUCCCAGAUGAUCCGUGUCUUGGAUAUCAUUGAGGACUAUCUGAUGCAGAAGAAAUAUCUGUUUGAACGACUGGAUGGCCGCAUAAGAGGAAAUCUGCGCCAAGAAGCCAUCGACAGAUUUUCUAAACCAGAUUCUGACCGCUUUGCUUUCCUGUUGUGUACUCGUGCUGGUGGCCUGGGUAUCAAUUUGACUGCUGCUGAUACCGUUAUCAUUUAUGACUCUGACUGGAACCCACAGAACGAUCUUCAAGCUCAAGCCAGGUGUCAUCGCAUUGGUCAGAGCAAGGCUGUCAAAGUAUAUCGCCUGAUCACACGCAAUUCAUAUGAACGUGAAAUGUUUGACAAAGCCUCGCUUAAACUAGGACUUGACAAAGCUGUGCUGCAGUCCAUGGGGGGUGAAAAGCCAGCAAGUGCUCAAAGUCAGAUGUCAAAAAAAGAGAUAGAAGAUCUGCUGAAGAAGGGAGCCUAUGGAGCAAUAAUGGAUGACGACAAUGCAGGCGACAAAUUCUGUGAGGAGGACAUUGAUCUGAUCCUUGAGCGCCGUACCAAGGUCAUUCAGAUAGAGAGUGAGGGCAAGGGAUCAACCUUUGCUAAGGCUAGCUUUAGCAUGACAAGUAACCGCAAUGACAUUGACAUCAACGAUCCCAACUUCUGGCAGAAGUGGGCAAAGAAGGCAGAUCUUGAUGUCGAGGCUUUGGGUUCAAAGAAUGCUCUGAUCAUUGAAGAACCACGACAGCGAAGACAGACAGCCCGCUAUGGUAAAGAAGAAUCUGUUGUGGACAUGAGUGACUUGGAAUCUUCUUCAGACAGCGAUUCUGAAAUGCGAUUCAGUUGUCGCAAAGGACGCAAAAGUCGGCGGGGUCGAGGUAAUGACGAUGAUUACACCUACAAUGAUGGGAUCUCUUCAGAAGGCUACACACGCUCUGACUGCUUCAAGGUGGAGAAGCACUUACUGGUUUAUGGAUGGGGCAGGUGGAAAGACAUCCUUGCCCACGCUCGUUUUAAACAUACUUUGAUGGAGAGCGAUGUGCAGAUCAUUGCACGUGCUAUUCUGGCACAUUCAAUUAAAUUCUACAAAGGUGACGAAAGGAUUAAAGUCUUUAUCUGGGACCUCAUAGGCAGCAGUAAUGAAGGGGAACUAAAAAACCACACAGGGUUGUCAGCACCUGUUCCACGAGGUCGCAAGGGGAAAAAAGCAAAAGAGCGUGGAAGAUGUCUUGAUGAUUGUCGCCCAUUAGACUUUGACCCAGAAGCCGUGUUGGACAAUGGAUAUAAACGACAUUUGCACAGGCACUCCAACAAGGUGCUGUUACGGGUACGCCUACUAUACUACAUAAAGCAGGAGGUUAUCGGAGACCAAGCUGUUAAAGUGUUCAAGGGGGUCCCUGCCAGUGAGAUUGAUAUUCCUACACCUAUCUCUGAUGGGGAGGUGCCAGCAGCUUGGUGGGAUGAGUGUGCUGAUCGCUGCCUGUUGAUUGGAGUCUUUAAGCAUGGAUAUGAAAAGUUCAACCAGGUGCGACAGGAUCCUUCUUUAUGUUUCCUCUCCAGAUGUGGACCCCCUGAUGGCGCUGCCUUGCUGGCUGAACAGAAUGACGACAGGGAAGAUGAUGAUGAUAUGGAUGACAAGAUCUUGAAGGAUGAGGAUGAGGGGGAACUGUCACAGAGUUCCGUGCCAGAGGUGUCUGCAGAACAUAAUCCUGUGGUGACAUCAUCUGAAGAGAUGGAAGGAGGUAAAUACCCCUUUCCUUCAGCUUCUGACCUGAACACUCGUUUGCGUCGAGUGAUAACAGGCUACCAGCGCAACCACAAGAAGAUGAUGAUGAAAAGUGAGCAGCAUGCACGGAAAAUUGAGCGACAGGAGCGAGCUGAACUUAUGGUGAAAGAGAGAGAGAGUAAGAAAAAAGAAUUUCAGCAGAAUUUGUUGUGGUGCCGCCACAGUCGCUGGUCCCGCCGCGAGGAGGCAGACUUUUAUCGCACAGUGUCCACCUUCGGUGUCGAAUUUGACCGAGAAACCGGGCACUUCAAAUGGGACAGAUUCAGAGCCUUUGCACGGUUGGAUCGCAAGUAUGAUGAGACUCUCACGGAGUAUUUCCAUGCAUUCUACUACAUGUGCCAAAGUGUCUGCGGCAAAUUCAGAGCUGAGGAUAGAGUUCCCCCUCCUCCAAAUUGCAUCAUGGUGGAACCAAUCACAGAAGAAAGGGCUAGUCGAUGUCUUGCACGCAUUGAUCUGCUGAACAAAAUCCGGGAUGAGGUGCUACCCCACCCUAAACUGGCAGAGCGGCUGAAGUUGUGUCAACCAUCAUUUGACAUGCCAUCUUGGUGGCAGUGUGGGAAACAUGACCAUGAACUUUUGCUUGGUGCUGCCAGACAUGGUGUGUCACGCACUGAGUACAAUAUUCUGCGCGAUCCAACUUUAAGUUUCCAUGAAAUUUUGAAGAACUCUGGUAGACAUCUGCGCAGUACACCACAGCACUACUCCUCAGGUGUAUACGCUGGAAGUGGUGCACCACCUACUCAGACAUCACCAGCCCCAUCUAGAGAAAUUCAUGACGACGAUUUGGAGUCGGAUGCAAAAUCCCAGGACUCAGCAGAAAAUAGAGAUUCCCAAACUAGUUCACCCCCACCUCUGCACAGCGGCAAAGCACAGUAUCCAGGCACCUCCAGUACAGACACAGAUAAUGAACAUGGACCCCCACAUCUAGAACCAGCCAUCACACCACAGCCAAUGAGAGAUGACGAUACUCAAGAUAACAAAUCAAGCAGGGCUAAAAGUGAAGAAACAAAGGUUGAUCAGCAUGAUGGGCCUUCAGAACAAACAGCUGCUGAACUUCUGGAUGAGAAGGAACAAGGGACGAGUAACUCUCCUGGGCCAUCUAUGUCUGUUGUCAAGGAAGAAGAAUAUGUGUGUACCGGUGACACUAGAGAAAGUGAUAGUGCUAUGGAUUCCCAGCUCCCUGUCCUGUCUGCAGCAAAGGACAGUGAUAGUGCCAUGGAUUCCCGCCUUCCUGUCCUGUCUGCUUCAAAAGACGGUGAUAGUGCUGUGGAUUCUGAGCUUCCUGUCUUGUCUGCAGAAUACAGUACAGCAGCGAAGGAUCCUAAAGAUGGUGUGAAUAAAGAAGAGAUGAUUUCGACAGAGGAAAUAUCUACUUGCAGAAAAGAACAUAAAUUUGAGAGUGCAGCAGUGUCUGCAGACGAAAGCCUGCAUUGCAGCGAGACAUAAAUGUGAUUGUAAAUGAGCAGAUCCAAAAUGA